AUGGCUAAGUCCUCCAGCUCAGCUUCCAAGAAGCAGAAGCUGGACCAUCUCGAUGCUUUCCGUAGAGGCUUUCCCUUCGUGUCGUGCUCGGCAUUGGCAGCGAUUUUGAACAAGGUGGAACAGGAAGGAGUGCCAGAGCUGCAUGGAAGGAAGAACAUCAAGCAAGCGGUUCUGGAGAAGAUUGCCGCCAUGGCUGGGGAUUGUGGGUCUUUACUCAAGCAGCUCACAGCUGUGCGAAUUGAUGGCUUAUCCGAGGAGCGACACUGGUUUACAUUGGCGGUCUUGAGAACUGAACUAGUACAAAAAGUUGAAGCUGAUAUCGGCCAGACCCUGGGACUCAUUUUGGAAGAUAUGUUCGCACAGCAGCUCUGGAACCCGGUGCAUGGCAUUGUCAUGAAAUCAACCGAUGCAUUGUUUGUUUUCCAUUGGACCCUCCACGUCUUUUUACAAGACGGCAGUGCCCAGAAGCAAACAUUUGCAAACCGCCACGACAUCGGUUCUCGUGUUUGCAUGCUCUGCAAGAACAUUUUCAAUGUUAGACGUGAAGGUGAUGAUGACGACGAGGGGAAGAUCAGCUCCAGACACCUGACCCUGUCCUCCUGCGACCUUGCCUCGGACAGCGAAUGGCUGCAGAGUUGGGAUCGGCUGGCAGCAAAGGCAGGAACUGAAAGCAAGGCUCGCUUUGCAAUGCUUCAACAAGCAAGUGGAUGGACAUUUUCGCCACAUGCUUUGUGCAUGUCUUCCAGUAACGGAGUUCUCAGUUUCGUUAUAUGUUGGGCAUUCGAGUCAUGGCGAAACCAUGGCAAAACCGAUGUGUGGGAAUCCUUCGCAGGCUACUUGGAGUUGUGGCAGUUGCCCGGUGCCAACAAACAAGGCUCCUUGAGCAGUUUGUUUUCGGCAGACAAAAUCAAGAGCCACAGAAAAACAGGUCAUCUCAAGUGUACUGCAUCCGAAGUUCUGGGUUUGUUGAAACCAUUGCAGCACUACUUCACAACAUGCUGCCUGCAAGAAGAAGUGCAGCCUGCGAAAGCAUCGCUUCUAGCAUGGUUGCAUGUGCUCGAACUCUUGAACGAUCAAAAUCAAGCACCACUUCGGUCCAGACAACUGCUCCUUGCUUGCGAGGAAGCCUUGGAAAAAAAUGCGCAGGCAGGAUGGGGUCCAGUGAUGCGGCCGAAGUUUCAUUGGACCCUCCACUUGGAUGGUUGCUACGAGAAACAAGGAUUUCUGCCUGCAUGCUGGGUCUUGGAAGCCGCCCGUAAAUAUGGGUCGGCUUCUAGCAAUACGAUUCGUUUCGACACAUCUCUUCUGGAAGAGGUGACUGCAGAGCAUUUGUCGGUCAUGGGCAAAGAAGAGGGUUUCCAUUUGCGGGCACAUUUGCUGCAGCCGCAUGCUUGCACUGCAAAGCUGAAGAAAAGCUUGGUGCAGUACAAUGUCCUGCGGCAGGAGGAUGAGUGCAUGACAAGCACCAUGACAAGGCUGAAGCAUGGUGCUAUCAUCAAGAAAGGCGACAUGGUGCUGCAUGGCAAUGAGCCAGCAUGCAUGCAUCUUGGCAAGCACAAUCCCAUGUUCAAGCAUGCAUGA